AUGACCACACCAUUAUCAUUCAACGGAUACUACGUUCGAGAUGAUCACAGAAUCUAUCAAAGCUACAAUACUGCACCAAGUACUUUUGGACCAUUUUUUUACAUGUUUUUGACGACUGGUCUUACUAUUGAAGGUCAAGCUGGUGUUUUAAGUUUUUACACACCAAAUUCUGGAAUGUUGACAAGAACUCCAUUCAUUUAUUUGACUGAACUUCCAGAUGUCUCCCAAAGAAUCCAAUUAUGUCCAGUCUAUGAUUUUUACAAUUAUGGCAUGUAUUGGCAAGUGACUCAAUUCUGGGGCAAUGGAGAGCUCGGAAGAACUCCAAUGCGUUAUGUCUGGUAUUACACUUUCGGUGGCGGUGGUGGUAAUGUGAACCAACCAGAAUCCAUUACUGCAGCAUCCACUACCUCUACUGAAUCGGAUGCACAAGUUGUUACUGCUUCCUCAAGCUCUCUCCCAACCAAUCCUUCCGAACUUGAUUUGGAUCAUCCUACUCUUCCUGCUGGAGUCUGUGCCAAAGACAUUAUUCGUGUGCGUUUCGAUGAACAAACUGGUGAAUGGACGUGUGACAAUGAAGAACAUCGUCCAAUCUUUGAAACUCAAAUUAAACCCAAUUUGGUCGUGUCGAAGGAUCAAGUCCCGGCCCUGCCACCAAACAAAAAGUCAGAGAAGGAAAUUCUCAAAUUCAAGAUGAAGUGGCUCAAGAAACAAGAAAAGAAGAAGAAGAGAGAAGAAAAGAAGAAGGAAAGGGAGGAAAAGAAGGAGGAUAAAGAACAUGAGAAGGAAGAAAAGGAUGAAGAUUCUGAGGACGAUGAUGAAACUCCAAAGAAGGAAGAACAAACAGCUUCCACUUCUACCUCUGUUCAAGAUCCAGCCACCACUACAACCACUGCAUUGAUGACCACUUCUGCAUCCAGCCAAGUUGUAACCACUACCGACACUGCCAAUGAUCCAACUUCUCCAAUGUUCAACUAUUAUCCUGAUCCUUCUGGAUUCCAAAUGCCAGAUUAUUAUCAAGAAAAUGCAGGCAAGCAAUGGCAACUCUAUGACGUUUGGUAUACUGGAUUCAAACUUCAAAACACAACCGCAGGAGAUAACCGAACUGCCACAGCUGCUUGGGAAUGGGACACUCAUAGAGGCAAAUAUGUGAUUUAUUUCAAAUUCUUUGAUUCUACUGGAAAUACUUUGCAAGCCAUGUUGAGAGGAACUAGUGAUGACAUGUUUAAUGUGCAAUUGGAGAAUGGUGAUACAUUCGCUGGUGGAUAUAAUCCUUAUACUGGUGAGCCUUAA